AUGCUAUUCCCUCGCCGCUAUUCCACCUAUUAUUUCCCAACAACUUAUUCCACAAAUUAUUCCCGUACUUAUCCGGCUCACCCACAACCCCUCUCCCUCCUCCUCCUCCACCUCCACGGCCCCCUCCCCUCCCCGCGCCACGUCCCCGCGAUCCUCGCCCGCGCCCUGCGCCUCGGCGCCCACGACGACGCCCUCCUCCCCGGCACCUCCCUUCUCCCCUUCAACGCCGCCAUUAGAGUCCUCUCCGAGUCCCCCAACCUCUCCCACCGCGCCCUCGCCCUCUUCAAGUCCCUCAAGCUCCGCUCCCUCUCCCCCAACGAUUUCACCUUCUCCUUCCUCUUGAAAGCCGCUUCCGCCUCCAAAGACGCUUCCUUUGUGCGCCAGGUGCACGCCCACGUCGCCAAAUCGGGGGUCGGGUCCAAUGGUUUCGUCGCGAACGGGCUCCUCUCGGCGUACGUUAAGGGCGCCGGGGAUCUCCUUUCGGCACGUAAGGUGUUCGACGAAAUGCCCGAGAGGAAGUCGGUUUGUUGUUGGACUUGUUUGGUUUCUGGGUACGCUCAAUUUGGAUUGGUGGAGGAUGCCCUGAGGUUGUUUGCGAGAAUGGUCGAGGAAAAUCUGCGGCCGGAGGAUGACACCAUGGUCGGGGUCAUUUCCGCGUGCUCAAAGCUCGACACCGGGGAAAUCGAGCAGUGGGUCAACAUGUUUACCGAAUUUGGUGAUCAAAUUUGUGAUUUUUCGGGCGAUGCGGUUGAUACAGUUCUCAUUUAUCUCCACGCAAAAUUGGACCGGAUAGAAGAAAGCAGAGAUCUGUUUGAUAAAAUGGUAGGCAGAAGAAGCGGAAAUCUGAGUGUUAUCGCUUGGAAUGCCAUGAUCGGCGGAUACGUGCAAAAUAGUCGGCCUGUCGAUGCUCUGGGUCUUUUCCAUCACAUGCUCGAUAUUUCGAUUACAAAACCUAACCACGUGACUAUCGUGAGCGUGCUCUCGGCUUGUGCUUUAGUUGGUGAUUUGAAUCUUGGGAGAUGGGCUCAUGCAUAUGCGAAAUCAAGAUAUAGCAAAUUGCUCGCGGAAUCUAACAAGAUUCUUGCUACUGCUUUCAUAGACAUGUAUUCCAAAUGCGGGAGCUUAGAGGAGGCGGAGGAUGUGUUCGAUCAAAUGGCCACGAAAGAUGUGGUCUCUUUUAAUGCCAUGAUUAUGGGACUUGCCACGAACGGUCGAGGAAACGAGGCUUUGAAGUUGUUCUUCGAGAUGGACAAGCACGGCGUAAAGCCAAAUGACGGUACAUUUCUAGGCUUGUUGUGUGCUUGCACCCACUCAAGAUUAGUCGAAGAAGGAAGAAAGUUUUUUAAGGAAAUGCACGAGAAAUACAAUGUCGUCCCCAGAUUAGAACACUACGCUUGCUUCGUCGAUCUCAUUGCACGCACUGGUUUUAUCAAAGAAGCGCUUCAGGUCGUAAACACGAUGCCGAUUGAACCUAAUGGGCUUGUUUGGGGAGCUCUCCUUGGGGCUUCUCUGGUCCACUCGAAAGUAGAUAUUGCUCGAGAUGUCGCGGAAAGGCUAUUUGACGUGGAUCCUGAAAGCUCAGCAGGUUAUGUAUUGCUGUCGAAUGCUUAUGCGACAAAUUCUAGCUGGGGAAACAUUACAGAGUUGAGAUGUUUAAUGAGGGCGAGAGGCGUAAGCAAGCAAACAGGGUUCAGUUGGAUCAACAUCGAAGGAAUUGCGCAUGAAUUCCAUGUUGGAUCUGUGUACCAUCCAGAAAUGGGAAGUAUGUACAGUUUACUGAAUUCUUUGACGCAGGAGAUGAGAUUAGUAAGUUGCUAG